AUGGUAAAUGACGCACAAGUACAGUCGCCACCAAAUUUGGUUGUGCGUGAAGAUGAACGCACAAACGUCGAGUGCAGUGUGAUCAGAAGUGUUAAGAUUCUGGAGUAUAAGGGACUGCUGUGGUCAUGUGGGCUCAGGGAAAUCUGUCUGACUGCUCUUUGGCUUCCACUAGGUGCUUUAAUAUUUUGUUACGUGACAGCCUCUAUAUUUCAAGCAGAUGAUAUACAUGAAACACAUUGUAAAGUUUACAAUGUGGUGCCAUCAAUAAGUGCGAUUACUGGUAUAAGCCCCCAAAGGUAUAUCUGGAGGAUAUGCGUCGCUUUUCACUUAGGACCAAGGUUGUUAAUAGGAUCCCUAUAUUACAACUAUCAUAAGGAGCGCACAGCUCAUAUCGUUGAAGAAAAGUCUCGAAUCCUAGCGACGAAGUUGGGAGAGGCUUGUUAUUGGCUCAAUUUUGUAGAAAUACUUGCCCUUACUGGAGUUACGUAUGUUUCCAAUAGGGAAAAUUAUUUUGUGCACGAGAAGAUAUUCAUAAUAUUUAUGAUAACCUCGCUGGUACAUAUGCUGUGCCGGGCGAGGGUCGGCUGCAUAGCUAGUGACGUGGUGGAACCAGUGCGGACUAACAAGUUGGUGUGGAUACUUUUCUACGUUGCCAUCGCAGCGACGGUUGGGCUCAUCAUAUUCUUCCUAAGACAUCGGUUGUUAUGUCGUCCUUUAGCUUUCACCUGGUUCUCGGUAUGCGAGUACAUCCUGGCGACUGCUAACAUGGCCUUCCACGUCAUCGUAGUGAGAGACCUGCCCACGCAUCAGCUCCAAGUGGUCUCUCCAACGCACGCCAAAACGAACUAA